CAGGACCGACCAGGGAGUCUGUGGGAGAAAGUGUCAGCAGCAGUAUAGCACAAUACAUAAAUAAAAACACACGUUUGUUUGUUUUAGUGUCUCUCCUCCCCCAAGACCAAGGAAGAGACAGACCGGGUUUCACUGCUGUUGCGAUCGUUUUUUUUGUGAGGCAGAGGACCUUCUGCAGAUCGAUAAUGGUCUUGCUCAAGAUGAAGUUCCCCUUGGAGAAGCGGGUUCGGCUGGCCCAGGGGCUGUGGCUGCUCUCCUGGCUGGCCACCAUCGCCGGAGCCCUCACCUUCUCCGUGGGCGUCUUCCUGAAGACGGAGCUCCGCAAGAGGAGCGAGAUGAUGGACAACGCGGAGAUCCACGCCGUGCCCAAUACCCUCAUCCUGGUGGGCCUGGCCUCCCUCGGGGUGAACCUCUUCGCCGGCCGGAUGUGUCAGGACUCCCUGGACGUGGCUCGCUUCCCCCGCUGGAAAAGUUUCGUGACCCCCUACUUCGCAGGCUCCGGUUUCUUCUGCCUGCUCCUGCUGGUGGCCGUGAUCAUGAGUUACGCCAUGAAGGGCAACCUGGAGGAGUCUCUGAAGAUUGGGCUGAAGAACAGCAUCCGUUUCUACAAGGACACGGACACGCCCGGGCGCUGCUUCCAGAAGCAGACCAUCGAUCUCCUGCAGAUUGAGUUCCAGUGCUGCGGGAACAGCGACUUCAGGGACUGGUUUGAGGUUCAGUGGAUCAGCAACCGCUACCUGGACUUCAGCUCCAAGGAGGUGAAGGACCGCAUCAAGAGUAACGUUGAUGGGCGCUACCUGGUGGACGGGGUCCCCUUCAGCUGCUGUAACCCCACCUCCCCUCGGCCCUGCAUACAGCAGCAAAUCAGCAACAACUCUGCGCACUACAACUACGACUUCCAGACCGAGGAGCUGAACCUCUACACCCGCGGCUGCAGGGCGGCGCUAGUGAGCUACUACAUGGGGCUGAUGAACAUGAUCGGGGUCGGAGUGCUGCUCGUCUUCCUGCUGCAGGUGCUGGUGCUCGUCAGCCUGCGCUACCUCCAGACGGCCACGGAGGGCGCUGUGGGGCAGGAGAGCGUGGAGUGCGAGACAGAGGGGUACCUGCUGGAGAAGGGGGUGAAGGAGACCCUGAAGAACAGCUUCGAGAGGCUGGCCCAGGCGUUCCGAGUCAACCAGGUGGAGACAGGGGGCGGCGAGGGAGGGGACGCUACCACCCCCUAACCCCAACCCCCCCCCC